AUGAUUUCCACCUCUCACAAUGUCCACACUGAGGGAGGAUCGAGCCUCCCGCGAGUCCUGUACCGAGUCACCCACAGAGACCAGCCUAACAACGGCACCAAGUCCAGGCUGGGGAGCGGAAGCGAUCCAAUAUUCCUCCAGCUUCAUCUACAGAAGCACCUAAACAUACAAUGCAGAGAAGAAAGCCCUUUCCUAUCGGCUACUUCCCAAAGAUGCACAGCACUCGAACUAGCCGCCAAGCAUGCUGCUAAGGGCAUCCCAGGCGUUGAGAUCAUCGAAUUCAAGACAAGCGGCCGAGGCUGGGAUCAUAACAUCCAGAGACUCUGGAGUGCCAGGUCCCUGCUUCGGCAGUUUGGCCUGGUCGCCAAGUCCAGAUUUGUCAAGGAGUACCUUGUAGAGCACUCCAUCCCUGAGGAGAGCAUCGUCAGUCGCCUCGAUUGGGAGCAAGACAAAGAUAAGCUUGAUCCUUUGGGCUUUUACAGGAAAAAGGCUGCCAGGGAUCACAAACGCAAUAAAAGAAACCAGAAACGCGCGAAUGAGACGAAAAACGAGGCAGCAGCGGAGAAGCGCAAGGCCGGCGGCGACCUAGGCGAGUCCGAACCUGAACCCAAGAAGAGAAACACUGGAAAGUGGGUUAAAGUCGGCAUCAAGGUGGGCCGCAACACUGGCGCGUGA